AGCGCACCGGAUCGCAUCGGGUGCCACCUUCACAGGGUGCAAAGCAAAGGAAAGCAAAUCUUUUACUCUCUUUUGAUGGCGUAUUUUCAUCGUGAGACGCGUGUCGUCGCAUUUUCUGGCAACAUCGAUCAAUGUUCGCUUGAUCCUCAGUAUGAUCCAACAUUUUUCCCUGUCCUUCUCUGUUAACGGCGAUAUUAUUUAAUAUUAAGCGCCUAUGCGUUUUAUGCGUAAAAUUACGCGGGCGCGUAAUUCCACGGGGUGUAGCCAAGUUACUUAACUAUUUAGUGAAAUACAGUGCAAUACAAUACCAAAAAAAAAAACACUUUGUGCAUGUUUACAAAUACUGUGACUUCAAGAAGCAGAUUUUCCUUUUUACUGCUUUAAAUAAAAAACAAAAAGGACUUUGGUUGUUUUAAAAAACAGAAAAAAAUAUGAAAAAAAAAAUUAAUAAAAUAUACUUUCUGUUGAUGUUUUUCAAUUCAAUCGGUAAUCCUGUUUAGAAAUAAGUACAAACGGCAAAACUCAAUGACACACAAAAAACACUCUAACGCUAGCGUUAAAAAUGGAAACAUUGUGGUGGGCUUUCUUAUUGCAAAAACACGCCUCUUAAAUGUGCCCACGCCCUCGCUGUGAUUUUGGUGAUGUGAAGCUCAGCACUCAGUCCCUGGGAAUGGGUUUCUUGUUCUGGCCUCAGAUGUACACCAAGAUGAAGACAGCACCCCAGUACAGAACUGUUAUUGCCCUAUUACUAUUAAGUGUCUUUGAAGGAAGCGCUGCAGCUGACAGAACUUGGGAAGCAACUGUUGGAGAGGACGCCAGGCUUGAAUGUGAAAACCCUUACAAAAAUGACGCUUCUGUCACUAUGAGAUGGAAAAUAAACAGCACACAGAUUGCCUUCAUUAAUUUGAAAGACCAAAAAAGUAAUACUGGAGAGUUACGAUAUGAUGCACUGUUAGACCCAGGCAAGGUCUACCUCGUUAUCAAAAACGUGCAGAAGAAAGAUGCCGGGACUUACAUUUGUGAAGUGUAUGAUGACAGAGACUACCAAACAUUACAUGUUGAACUCUUAGUUAAAGAUGCUGCCGUCAUCCUCAAGUAUUCUCUGGCUGGUGUCCUCUUGGGAAUCCUUCUACAUAUUUUGCUAUUAGAACUGUGAAUUCAACUCAAAUAAGUAGUUUUCCUACAAGACUGAAGUACCUGCUCUGUAGUGUUAUUGUAUUUUUUUUUUUUCUUUAAGAAAUUUGAUUUAAUACUGCCUGGAAUAGUUUGGGAUUAUACCAGUAUGCAACCACAUGAUUCUAAAUAAAUAAAUAAAAAUUAUAUAUAUAUAUAUAUAUAUUUUUUUUUUUUUAAACAGCCUUUAAAGUAAACACACCCUAGAACAGUUCUGAACAGGGCCUGCAAAAAUAUGACUGCAAAAUAUUUGUCAUCUGUACGCAUACGAGUGUGAAUAAAUGUUAUGCCAAUAUAAAAAAUAAAUUUAUUUUAAAACAUAUCCUUAACCUGCACUACUGCAACAUGCAAAGCAUGCUGGUAUACAACCAAAUUAGAAAUAUUCUAAAACAUCUGUACUACAUUUUGCGUAUCCUUGUGAACGCAGUAAUGCUUGUGUCCUGUCUUAAUGUAAACGGUUGUGACUCUGAUAUAAUUAAUAUAGGUGACAGAGCAAAACGCUACAGGUUUGAAAUAUCAACAGUUAUCUUAACUAGUGUACUCUUCUUGUUUGGAACAUUUUCUAUGUCAGUUAUCACAUCCUGUCGACUUUUAUAAAAAGUUUAAAACAACACUAUUGCCCCAACAGAGCUUUGAAAUAUUGUUAUGUCUAAGUACAUCAGGAGCACCACUGUGUAACCUUUAAACUGUCACCCUGCAACACUGAGUGUGUAAAAUACUGGCCAACCUUACAUUUCAGUAAAAACACAUGUUAUGCAUAUAGUAGAAUGAUGUUCUAUUUUUUACUCUCUGUAUAUUUUUUAUUAGUUAUUUUCUUUGAGAGUAAUUUGUAGUGGCGUGGCUGUCUGCCAAUCCAAGAGUGUUGAAUUUCUCUCGACUCCAGCUGAUGGCAUGACUGCAGCAUGAAGUUUAGUGUCUAGAACUGUUUUGUUAAAGUUGGUGGAGGCUAGCACAGGAUAUUUUGUCCAGUCUGUCUUGUUUUAAGGUGCCUUAAAAGAUCUUAAUUUUAAUGUCUAUUGUUUACCCCUUUCACGCAAUGGCGACUUCAUAUGGAGAUGGAUUAAAAAAAAAAUCUCUUCUAGCAUUUACUGUAGGGGACAUAUGGAAGACGCAAAUGCAUGACAGCCUCAUAUGAGGAUAUAAUUUUUCCCUCCGUGUGAAGCAAUGGAAAACAAUUGAGAAGUAAAUAUACUUAUUAGGUAUCCAUGCAUCAAAGGGUUAAGGAAUCACAUGUAUAUGUAUUUGUCAAAAUAAGCAGUUUGUGCUUAAAGCCAUCUUUUAUUUGAAUGUGGUGGGGGUGUUUGCAGAAAGAUGUGUCUUGGUCUAAGGAAAUGACACUUUAAUUCUGAUCUACAAAAAUGCUGAGAUCUAAUCUAUAAAAAUGAAUAUGUGUGAGAGAGCUACAAUCUGGACAAUGUGCGGUCAUCUGCCAAAACCACAAAAGGUUUCCUGUACAAAUAGUGGUAUUCUUGCUCAUGUAUUAAAUGCUAACCGUUUUCAUUUUGAGCUACACUUAAGAGUAUUAUUUUAAUGUAACAGAACCUGGCCGUACUUUAGAGAAAACAUCGUGAAAACCCUGGGGAUGUGCAGCAUGCACGCAACUUCAACUUGAAGUGAUUUAUUGAAUGGAGAAACACAACUGUGAUAAAAGACGAUUUCAGAAAAAAAAAAAUGUCCAUGUUAAAAAUAUCAGAUUCUGAGGAUGUAAGAGGAAUCUGUCUGUCUGUCUGUCUGUCCAUCUGUGAACCUUUUUACAUGUACGAAUGGUGAAUGUCGGCCACAGUGAAUGUCUUCUGCAUGAUACUGCUAUCUCAAAUGUUGUAUUCAUAGCUGGGUGAUUUGUGGAUACACAUACUUGUUUAACGACUGUGGUAUAUCCUGGUAACAAGGAUUUAACUCAGACUGUGUUAGUUUAGUUUACUGUAAAGCCAUAAAUAUUUGCAAGCCUUUUAUUAUGCGUUGCGGGUGGACAAUGGAAGACAACCACUGGCGGCCUGUCUGGAUGACUCUUCCUGAAGCAGCUAAAGCUUGCAGUGAGCUGAUCUAAUACGGCUUCAAGUCUGAACGAGGUCGCCAAAACUGCAAGUGCUCCAAAGCCGGAUUGCAGUGCACUGAGCUUUGCAGUUGCAACGGUCAAAAACGGUUGUCAUAGCUUGAGCUGAGCAAAUACCAUAGCCACAUUGCUAUCUUUAAGUUAUCUUUGUAGAAAUUAUUUUCCUGGUUAAGGAACGUUUUUUUCUGUUUAUCACUUUUUUUUUCAGCUCUUUUGGCGGUAAUCCCCUCAUUAAAAUGACGUCAUGACAUCA